AUGCUUCCAGGAAUGAAGCGGAAAAGUCGAGGCAGAAUAUUUUCAAAGAAAGCCAAGGCUAAAAAAGAUGACGUUCAAACAGAGACAAGUUUUGAGGUCGAGGGCAGGGACCACUCUGAGAACGAUGGAGACUCUGCUGCUCGUCGUAAGAUGCCAAAACGCGCAGCUUCAUGUUCAAACUUCAAGCAAAGGUCCAUCAGGUUAUCCGAUAAAUCAUGUUCUGUUGAAGUUCAGAAGAAUCGUAUAGAAGAAGAAGAAGCUGAAGCCAUCCGUUUGACCAAGCUGGGCCCAGAAGAAAAUCCUCCAGCAAGAAAACUUCUAGACUUCGUUUUCCAUGAUCAUGCUGGACAUCCUCAGAACUUUGAGAUGUCUGAAAUAGAUGAACUCUAUAUCACUGCCUUAAUCAUGCCCAUGGAUGAUGCUCUGGAGAAAGAAAGAGAACGCGGAGUAAGAUGUGAAGGAUUUGGUAGAAUUGAGUCUUGGUCUAUCUCUGGUUACGACGAAGGACAUGCUAUCGUUUGGGUUUCUACUGAUUUUGCAGAUUACGAAUGUGUCAAGCCAAUGGCGUCUUACAAGAAAUUUUACGAUCUUUUCUAUGAGAAGGCACGCAUAUGUGUCGAGGUAUACCAGAAAUUAGCGAGAUCAAGAGGAGGAAACCCUGAAUUGGGUCUUCAAGAGUUGCUUGCUGGUGUUGCUCGUUCUAUGAGUGGAAGCAAGAGCUUUCCUAGUGGUUCGGCUGGUAUGGAGUUUUUAGUUUCACUGGGGGAAUUUAUCUACAAUCAAAUAAUUGGACUGGAUGGAAAUAGAGAUAAUGACGAUAUAAACUUUUCCACAUUACCUGCCCUUGUUGGAUUAAGGGAUGAGUUCAGAAAGAGAGAAACAGGCAUGAGGAUACCUCCGAAGAUGACAGGUCACACCUUGAAAAUCAAUGAAAGACAACAAGAUGUAGAUGAGGACGAAGAUGAAAAACUUGCAAAGUUGUUGCAAGAGGAGGAGGAUUGGAAGCAAAUGAAAAAGCAGAACCGUCGAUCCUCGAGCUCUUCAAAUAGAUUCUACAUUAAGAUCAAUGAAGAUGAGAUAACAAAUGAUUAUCCUUUACCUACGUACUACAAACCCACUGUACAAGAGGUGGAUGAAUAUGUAUUUUGUGAGAGUGACGACGGUGCAUCCUAUGUUGAUGCCCUUCCAAGGAGAGUUCUGGACAACUGGUCUCUUUACAAUUCAGAGUCGAGACUUGUUUCACUAGAGCUCCUCCCCAUGAAGUCUUGUGCAGACAUUGAUGUGACAAUAUAUGGUUCAGGGUACAUGAGAGAAGAUGACGGCAGUGGGUAUUGUAUUGAAGCUGAUGCAGGGAAAUCAUCUUCUAGCGUGUCUACAACACAAGAUUUUGAAGGUGUCCCAGUUUAUUUAAGUGCCAUUAAGGAAUGGAUGAUUGAAUUUGGGUCCUCAAUGAUUUUUGUAUCCAUACGAACAGAUAUGGCCUGGUAUUGAUUCAUUUCCAUUUGAGAUGGACAAUAUAUAUUUCUUUAUCUUUGAACUUAACUGCGAUGAAAAUGUUAUUGACUAGUAGUACUUGAGAGAUUUCUUCAUUGAAGGGGUUUUAAAUCCUUUUUUUCUCCUGAACGCAGGUACAGGCUCGGCAGGCCCACGAGACUCUAUGCACCUUGGUUUGAGCCAGUCUUGAAAACUGCUAAACUCGCAAUAAGUACUAUUUCGUUGUUGAAGGAACAGAGCCGGAUUUCAAAGCUCUCGUUCUCUGACGUGAUUAAGAAACUAUCUGAAUUUGAAAAACGCCAUCCAGCAUACAUUUCUUCAAAUCUGGCUGCGGUUGAGAGAUAUGUCGUGGUUCACGGGCAGAUCAUACUUCAACAGUUUGCUGAAUUCCCAGAUGAGAAGAUACAGAAGUGUGCUUUUGUCACUGGUCUUGGAUACAAGAUGGAAGAAAGGCAUCACACGAAACUUAUCAUGAGGAGAAAAGUCCUUAUCAAGAAGGGAGCCAACUUGAAUCCUAGCGCAUCGAUGGCUCCAGUGCAGUCUAGUAGGAAAGUAAUGAGGGCAACCAUGACAAGAUUGAUAAAUAGAAUCUGGGGUGACUAUUAUUCCAAUUAUGCGUUGGAUAACUCAAAAGAUAUCGGCGACCAAGAAUUAAGAGAGGAUGAAGAUCCUGAGGAAGGGCAAGAAGAAAAUGAGGAAGAGGGUUUAAAUGGGGAAGAGACACCAAUUUCCGUUGAAGUUGGUGAUCAAAUGACUUACUCGUCAGCGAUAGUUCGUAAAUCUACUGGAAACAAUAAGGAAAUCAUAUGGGACGGUGACUCAGUCGGGUGUAUGGAUUCUGGAGAGGCUCUUUACAGAGGUGCAGUGGUCCGUGGUGAUGCUGUCAUUGUUGGUGGAGGAGUAAUUAUUGAAGUGGAUGAACCAGAAGAGUCUACAUCUAAAGUGCUCGUGGAGUACAUGUUCGAAAAGCUAGACGGUGCAAAGAUGGCACAUGGCCGAGUAUUUCUGACAGGAUCCCAGACUCUUCUCGGGAAUGCGGCCAACGAUAGAGAGGUUUUCUUGACUAACGACUGUGUAGAUUUUGAUUUGGGGGAUGUCAAAGGAACUCUGGUUGUGUCCUUUCAACAGAGGCCAUGGGGGCACGAAUUUAGGAAAGAGAAUGCGAGUUCUGAUAAGCUCGACAGAGCAAGGGCGGAGGAUAGAAAGAAAAAGGGGCUACCCGUAGAGUACUACUGUAAAAGCAUAUAUUGCCCUCAUAAAGGAGCUUUUCUCUCAAUUCAAUGUGGUACGACGGGUCUUGGAAAUGGGACUUGCCACUCUUGCAAAACACGGGAAACAGAAAUCCACGGGGAGUUUAUGCUCGGUUCCUCCAAGACCAGUUUUACCUAUAACAAGACUGAGUAUCAUAUCGAGGACUUUGUGUUUGUCAGACCUGAUUACUUCGGUGAGACCAGGGAAGAGGACCGUGGAACUUUUAAGGCCGGAAGAAAUGUGGGGCUGAGACCCUACGUUGUCUGCCAGAUUUUGGAAAUAUGCUUGCUCAAAGUCUCUCGACAGCCCACUUUAGAAUCCACUCAGGUCAAAGUUAGGAGAUUUUACAGGCCGGAGGAUGUCUCAACCGCAAAGGCAUAUUCAUCUGACAUCAGAGAAGUGAGUUUUUGCAGAAAUUUCCUCUCUGUUCUGCCGGUAAAUCGGCAUCUCCUAAAUGUUCACGUACUUAAGAUUGACCUUAUUUUAUUGAACUUUUUGUGUUUCUGUGGAUCACAGGUCUAUUACAGUGAGGAAAGCACGAGCGUGCCUGUGGAAGCAUUACAAGGAAAGUGCAUUAUUAGAAAGAACAAUGAUCUUCAAAGUUCGAAUGUUCCUGUAAUUGUAGAUAAUAAAUUUAUCUGUAAUUACUCAUACAACCCCAAAACCGGAGCUAUCAAGCAGGUAUGAAAUCUUUUCAUAUUAAUGGUAGAGUGCUAUAGAAUAAGGAUUCAUAUUAACUGGUUGAUGAUUCUGGUUUUGGUGAUAGUUGCCUGCCACUGCAAAAAUAAUGUCCCAAACAAGAAAGUCUGAAGGUUCUGCCACAGUAAAGAACAAGGGAAAGACAAAGUGUAGCGGGGACGAAAGCGACGUCGUGUCUUCUGAUGAUACCCGCCUGGCCACUCUGGAUAUUUUUGCUGGUUGUGGUGGCUUGUCAGAGGGAUUGCAGCGAUCUGGUAAGCUUCUCAGCAACAUAAUCUUGAUUACAUGUUUUACAGCGUUACAUGUUUCUUCGUGCACCCAGGGGUCUCCAUUACAAAGUGGGCUAUCGAAUAUGAGCAACCCGCUGGAGAGGCUUUCUCCCUUAACCAUCCACAAACCAAGAUGUUUGUUAAUAAUUGCAACGUGAUAUUGAGGUUGGUCCCUUCUUUCUUCCUGUUUUUUGGGAACAUGUUGAACUCAGCUCGUUAUCUCCUCUGUGAGCAGGUUGACAGCCACACGCUUGAUUUUAGCAUUAUUUCGCGGUGUACUCAUCCUCUAUCUAACACACGUUAUCUUGCGGCACUAAUAUUGAAACUUAUCGGCCAAAUAAUCGGCUGCCAACCAUGCCGAAAUCUCGCAUAAUAUAUGAAAUAAUUAACUAGUUAUAAUAUAUUUUUGCCCAAAUAUCCAUUUUACUUCUUUAAAGGAUCCAGUAAAUAAUGGCUUAUGCAGGGCUAUAAUGGAAAAAUGUGGGGACGGUGAUGAUUGCAUAUCGACUUCUGAGGCCACCGAGUUAGCCUCUGAACUCUCUGAAGAGGAGCUUAACAGCCUUCCGUUUCCAGGGCAAGUUGAUUUCAUUAACGGAGGGCCUCCAUGCCAGGUUCUCAAUGUUCUACUCUCCCCACUCUCAGAUAGUUCUGUGUUCAUCACAUUCCCUAACCUUUGACUUCCUCUCGCAGGGGUUCUCUGGAAUGAACAGGUUCAGCACCAGCACCUGGAGUCGAGUCCAAUGCGAGAUGAUCCUGGCGUUCUUGUCAUUUGCAGACUUCUUCAGGCCCAAGUUCUUCCUCUUGGAAAAUGUCCGUAAUUUCGUGUCCUUCAACAAGGGCCAGACGUUCCGAUUGACCCUCGCUUCACUUUUGGAAAUGGGUUAUCAGGUCAGCCCCGUCGGAUCGAUCGACCACCCAUUCGUUCAUCGCAUUUUCUUCCCCGGAACUGGGUGAUCAGUCAAGUAUGAUUAUCUAAGACUCAAAAUAUUUUUUAUGUGCGGCGUUUACAGGUGAGAUUCGGUGUUCUGGAAGCUGGAGCCUUCGGGGUCUCUCAGUCUCGCAAGAGAGCCUUCAUCUGGGCAGCCUCGCCGGAAGAAAUCCUCCCCGAGUGGCCAGAGCCCAUGCACGUCUUCUCCGGGCCCGAGCUUAAGAUUUCCCUUCCCGGAGGCGUCCAGUACGCCGCCGUCCGGAGCACCGCCGGAGGAGCUCCUUUCCGCUCCAUAACCGUGAGGGACACAAUCGGCGACCUUCCCCCCGUCGGUAACGGAGCCUCCGAGCUCUCCAUUACCGUGAGUCUCUCUCAACGUAGAGGUUUUUCGCGAAGGGGCAGACUGUGCAGGGAAGCUUGCUUUCAUUCUAACAUGGCCAUGUGUGGCAUGUGCAGUACGGAAGCAAGCCGGUCUCGUGGUUCCAGAAGCAGAUACGAGGGGAAACGGAGACCCUGAACGAUCACAUAUCGAAGGAGAUGAACGAGCUCAAUCUCAUCCGCUGCCAGCGCAUCCCGAAGCGCCCCGGCGCCGACUGGCACGAUCUCCCUGACGAGAAGGUCUCUCUUCUCUCUCUCUCUUCUUUUUCUCUCUUCUCUUUUUUUCCUCUCUGUGUUGAACACCGUGGAUUGGCGGGUGGGGGUGCUUUUCUUGAUGGCAAACGCAGGUGAAACUGUCGACGGGGCAGAUGGUGGACCUGAUCCCGUGGUGUCUCCCGAACACGGCGAAGAAGCACAACCAGUGGAAGGGCCUCUUCGGGAGGUUGGACUGGGAGGGGAACUUCCCCACCUCCAUCACCGAUCCCCAGCCGAUGGGCAAGGUGGGCAUGUGCUUCCAUCCCGACCAGGACAGGAUCCUCACCGUCCGAGAAUGCGCCCGCUCCCAAGUAAGCACCACUACCCUCCUCCCAUUGACCUUCCCCCCUCUUCCGACCUCCGACCUUCAGAGGUCAAACAUAAAUAAUAAAAUAAAUAUAUAAGUAAUAUGGGAACCAUCUUUUUUCUUUUUUCGGGUACGCAGGGUUUCCCAGAUGGCUACCGUUUCGCCGGGAAUAUCCAGAGCAAGCACCGGCAGAUAGGGAAUGCCGUGCCGCCCCCGCUGGCGUACGCGCUGGGGAGGAAGCUGAAGGAGGCGGUCGAUGCGAGGAGCAAGGCGGCGCCAUCAUCAUCCUGA